AUGUACAGCUUCAUGGGAGGGGGCCUGUUCUGUGCCAUCGUGGGGAACAUCCUCCUGGUGGUCUCCACAGCCACAGACUACUGGAUGCAGUACCGGCUGUCCGGGAGCUUCGCUCACCAGGGCCUGUGGAGAUACUGCAUGUCUGGCAAGUGCUACAUGCAGACCGACAGUAUUGCCUACUGGAACGCCACUCGUGCGUUCAUGAUCCUGUCUGCCAUGUCUUGCUUUGCCGGCAUCAUUGCAGGGAUCCUCUCCUUCGCCCACUUCUCUGCCUUUGAAAGGUUCAAUCGCUCCUUUGCUGCUGGGAUAAUGUUCUUCGUCUCGACUCUCUUUGUUCUGCUUGCAAUGGCCAUUUACACUGGAGUGACCGUGAACUUCCUAGGCAAGCGUUUUGGUGACUGGCGCUUCUCUUGGUCUUACAUACUAGGCUGGGUGGCACUGCUCAUGACCUUUUUUGCAGGUAUAUUCUACAUGUGUGCCUACAGAAUGCACGAGUGCAGAAGAGUGGCUGGCCCGCGCUGA